CUCCGGUGUAGUCUUUAGGACGCAGGAUACAGCGGUACCGAGGCGCAUCGACAGGCAAAUACGGCUGAAAAGAAAAAAGUCACAGUUCCAGGUGGAUUUUAUUCUUCUGUCCUCAGGAUUGAUCUGUCCAUCAUCUCCACAGAGCGGCCGCCAGCGCAAUGGACCUGCUGCCUGACGUAUGGAGGCAGGACUACUGGCUUCCUCCAGGUGUGACCUGGAAGGACAUGGAACAGCUGGCAGACUCUGAUCGACCACUACCUCAGGACCUUCUCAUAGCUCUGCCACUCGCACUGGGCUUUGUUGCCCUGCGCUACGUGUUUGAAAGGUUUUUCGCCCCACCCAUGGGCAGAUGUUUAGGGGUAAGGAAUAGAUUGCAAGUGACUGCAGCCCCCUCCCUGAAGCUGGAGUCAUUUUACACCCAGAGGAGCAGACAGCCGACACAGAGUGAAAUAAUUAGUUUGAUGUCGGUGUGUGGGAAAACCCAGAGGCAGAUCGAGACCUGGUUCAGACUUCGCAGGAACCAAGACAGGCCCUGUCAAACCAAGAAGUUUGGUGAGGCUGCUUGGAGGUUUUUUUUCUACCUCACAGCCUUCGUGGCUGGAAUGGCCUGUUUGAUUGAUAGGCCGUGGUUCUGGGACCGCAGCGAAUGUUGGAGGCAAUAUCCGAUUCAGCCCAUGGAGAGAGCUCAUUACUGGUACUACAUGCUAGAGUUGGGUUUUUAUGGCUCUUUGCUCCUCCGGAUCUCAGUGGACAUCAAGAGGAAGGAUUUUAAAGAACAGGUGAUCCACCAUUUGGCCACCAUCUUCCUGCUCAGUUUCUCCUACUGUGCCAACUACAUUCGCAUCGGCACCUUGGUCAUGCUGCUCCAUGACUCCUCUGACAUCCUGCUCGAGGUAACGUGCAAUCUCACAUACUCCGGGACAAAUUACACCAAUUUUCACAGAUGUGUAGGCAAUGCUGCUUUAAUGUAACCUUGGUGGGACUCAAAAGAAUAGCCCAUGUAAGUAAGUAUGAGUCCCAUGUCUCUAGGGCCAAAACUAAACAGACACAUGGGACCUUACAGAUAUAAUUAAUCUCUUUAGAACGUGUCACCAUAGAUUCACCUCCACGUUGGCCAUUUUUCUGCCUCUGUGUAACCCUACCAGAGUGUUAUCUGUAUAAAUGUACAGUCAGAUGUUCAUACUGUGCUUGAGGCUGUUCUUAGAAAAAAAGUAUCAAGUCUGAGAUCUCCGGAGUAGCCUGCAGGACGCUCAACUAUUCAGCAGGCGGAUCCUGUGACCGAGUCCUGAUAGCUAAAAGUAAUCUAGCAGCCUGAGAUGACUUUGAUUUACCUGUAAGUAAAACACAGGAUUGUAAAUAAGAAACAAAUUAAAUAUUUUAAAAACAUUGUUUUAUAAGGUUUUUUUCUGGAUUCUUGCACUCAGUAAGAGAAGAGAAAAUAAACAAAUACAGCACUAUUAUAAAGACAGUAAUGAUGCUGAUGACAUACUGUAUAUACUACAGAUAUACUGUACAGCACAGAGCACCAUAUGGAAGCAAACAUUCACUCAUCUACUUUCCUUUUAUUAAAGACAUGCUUUCCUGAUUCUCUAUUAUCCUGAU